AUGGAGCCUGAGGACCUGCCGUGGCCUGACGAGCUGGAGGAAGAGGAGGAAGAGGAGGAAGAGGAGGAGGAGGAGGAGGAAGAGGAGGGGAAGGGAGAGGUGGAGAACGCAUCAGCGGCGGUCACCGAGGAGGAGGCCCGGACCUGUGAGGAGAGCGGCAGACUGGAAGAGUUCGAAGAGGCGGGGCCCGAGGUGGACUUGGAUUUUAACAGCGAGUCCCAGCUGCAGGAGAGCACGGACGAAGAGGAGGACGAGCUGUCUAAAGCUUGGCUGCAGGCUCACCCUGACCGUCCUGGCAGAGCUUUCUCUCCACCCGCGCCUCCGCCCCCGCCCCCGCCCCCGCCCCCGCCCCCGCCCCGGUCCCCGCGGCACCUGUACACUCCGGUGGAGCAUCUGGGCCAGACUGAGGUUGUUCCACUGACUUGCCAUGUAUGGCAGCAGUCAUCAUAUCAAGAUAAUUUUAGAUCCCAGUUUUCCAACUCCAGUACAAUGUUAUUGGAAGCAGCAGUCCAGUGGGGCCCUGAGGAGGAUCAGAGAGCAGACUCUUGGCAUUGUCUUCCUCAAGAAAGGGAUUCUUCCCAAACCUUGGAUAUAUCCCAGACUGAGAUUGGCAGAGAAGGAACAGAAGUAACAGACCUACCCUCUCAGGAGGGAGGUGAAUCGGCUCAGUCACAGCAUCCAGUAAAGGAACCAAAGCUGGAUCUCUUGUGUUCUCCAUUGCUAAUGAUACAGGAUAACUUUGCUGCUCCUGAUUUGCCUUUGCUGACAUGUGUGACACAAGACCAGGAGGUUGAGCUUGAUUCCUUGUUUCAACAAAGUGAACUAGAAUUUGCACCUUUGAGAGGAAUUUCUGAGAAGUCUGAAGAUACUGAAUGGCUUGCUCGACCGUCAGAAGUUAGUGAAGCUUUAAUCCAGGCCACCUCAGAAACAUCUUCAGACUUAGUUAACAGUUGCUUUAGUAUAUCUCAGCAUCUACUCCCAGACGGCCUGCAGGGGAAGGUUGAGUCUGGCGUCCGUGCUCUGUGUGGGGAUGCUGAGUACUUCAGCCUAUAUGGAAAUGCUGGUGCACACAGUGAGAGAAUUGCUGAAUGGGAAAGAGAGGUAGACUGUUCCAGUCUGGGCAUUAGCCAGGCUUUCCCAUCUUCAUUGCCUUCAUUUGUUCCUCAAGAACCAACCAGUGAGUCAGAAUAUCAUUCCUCCAAUCUCAGAAUGUUGAGGGUAUCUCCUGACACUCUGCUAACAACUCUUACACGUUCUACAGGAUCUGUUGACCAGAAGAUUGGAGCAGCAGUAGUCUCUUCUACUUAUUCACAGGGAAUAAAGCCUGGAAGUUUUCACCCAGAAGAGUUGCCAGAUAGACAUCUUAUUGAAGAGAUUCAGAAAGUGUCACUUGGUUCUAGGCCAGCUGGCCAGAAGCUUGAGAUGCCAACAGUACAAUCUAGUUCCUACUCUAAAGGAAUGGAAUCUAUUUUCUAUCAUCGUCCCAUGUCACACAGUCAUCAAGGCAGAGAGCCUCUAAAUGUUUCAGCUGUUCCUCGAUCAGCUGAGAAUAAAGCCUUCUACCAGCAAACAUCAGACAGUCUUCUAACUGAAGAAACAUUGCGACUUUCUAUUAUUCCUGGCCCAGGUGACCAGAAGACUACUUUACCAUCAGAAUUCCCUCUUUCCUAUUCUUAUAGAGGAAAGAACCUGCCUGAAGAUGUUGUGAACGUUUCCACUGACUCUGGAUCUGCUGACAAGAAGGCUGACAUUCCAACAGUGUCCUCAAGUACCUAUCAGCACAAAAUGAAACCUGGUAUUUUUUAUCACCAAAAGUUGCCAGACAGUCAUUUACCUGAAGAUAUUUUCAAAACUUCUUCUGUUUGUAAGUCAUCCGAUGAGCUAUCUGGAAUAUCAGCUCUAACCUCUGUUUCCUACUCGUAUAAAGGGAGACCCAAUAUUUCUCAUCAUCAGAAAUUUCCAGAUAGCCACCUAACUGAAGAGGCCCAGAAAAUCUUGGGUACAACUGGAACAGUAGACCAGGAGACAGUGACACCAACAGUGUCUUCUUCGUUUUUACAAAAAGAAAAGCCUAGUAUUUUCUACCAACAGGCACUGUCAGGUGAUCAUUUGCCUGGAGAGCCUCUGAAUGUUUUAGCGGCUCCUGGACCACCUGACCAAAACACUGGGACACCAACAGUAUCUCCUAGUUCCUGUUUCUCUGGAGAAGAGUCCACUAUUUUUUACCAAGCUGGCUUUCCAGGUAACACUCUAUCUGCAAUGUCUUUCAAAGUUCCAGGGAUUUCUGGAUCAACUGAACAGAAGACUAACGUAACAAUAGGAUCAUCAGGUUCGUACUCAGUUGGAGAGAAGUCUAUUAUUUUCUACCAUCAAGCCUUGUCAGAUGGUUAUCUUCCUAGAGAAGCUUCUCCUACACCAGCUGACCUGAAGACUGGGGAGCCACCAGUAUAUUUGGCUUCCUGUUCUGUUGGAGUAAAGCCUAUUAUUUUCUACCAGCAGCCUCUUUUGGAUAGUCAGCUAACUAAAGGUCACAAAGAUUCAGUUGUUCCUGGACCAACUGACCAGAAGACUGGCAUACCAACAGUGCCUUCUAUUUCCCAAUCAUAUAUAGAAAGGCGUACUGUUUCUUACCAGCAAGAGUUUCCAGAUCUUAGUGAAAAAGCUUUGAAAGUUCUAGGUGAUGUUGAAUCCACUGAACAGAAAACUGAAAUACCAGUAGUGUCAUCUUCUCUCUUAUGCAAAGAGAGGCCUAGUGUUUCUUACCAGGAGGAUUUGCCAGAUCUUACUGAAGAAGCUUUGGAAGAUUUUGGUGUUCCUAAAGAAGUCCCUUCUGUCCCUUACUCACAUGAUAAGACAAGUCCCGACUCUUACCAGAAGAAGUUACCAGAUGGUGCUGAAGUAUCUUUGAAAUCAGUAGGCGCUGGCUCUGCUGAUCAGAAGACUAGGGCACAAAUAGUCUUCUCCUCAAGUAGAGAGAAGUCCAGUGGUUUUCAUCAGCAGGAGUUGCCAAAUACUGGUGGGGAUGCAUUAGGUGCUUUUCAUCCUGAACCAGUUGUCCAGAAGGCCGGGAAACUAACAGAACCUUUAAGUUAUUAUCCACAGGGAGAAGCCAGUGCUUUGUCUCCACAGGAGUUGCCUGCCGGCCAUCUCACAGGAGAGACUCUGAAGGUGUCAGAUGGUUCUGCACUUGCAGCACAGACAGCUGGGACAUCAGCAGGACCUUCCAGUUCCUAUUUCCAUAAAGCAAAGUUCAGUGAUUAUCAAAAGGCCUCACCAGGUAGUGAUCUAACUGAAAAUUCUUUGAAGGCUUCAACUGUUGCUGGACUAUCUGAUCAGAAAAAGAGACCUGCAGUCUCAUCUGGUUCCUACUCACACAAAGAGAAACACAAGGUUUCAGCUGCAGAUUUACCGGAUGACCAGACUGGCAAGUUGCCAACAGUUAUUCAGAGGUCCUGCUUACAUAGAGAGGAUCCUGCAAUUUCAACUGUGAUCAAACCAGAUGACCAAAAGAUUCCAUUAUCAACAACUUUUCAUGGUUCCUGUGCUCAAAAAGUAAAACCCGUUAUUUUCGUUCAAAAACAGUUAACAGAUAGAGAUCAAAGUGAAGAUAUUCCGAAGAUUUCAACUGUCUCUGAGCCAACUGUUGUAAACACAAGUGUGCCAGUACUUCUGUCUGGUUCUUACUCACACAGAGAGAAGUCAGAUUCAUUUUACCCACAGGAACUGCCAGAUAGACAUCUAAUUGAAGUUGAUCUGAAGGCUUCAAGCAGUCUUGGUCAAGCUGACCAUAUUUCUGAGUUACUUACAAUUUCUCCUGCUACUUAUUCACACAGUAAAAAGCACCAGCUUGUCUCAGAACAUGUCCAAGAGCUGAUGGAUAAUUUGAAUUCUUCUGAGUCUUCUUGUCUCAGUGUAGAUAGUAUGCCUUUAAAUUCACAAAUUGAUGAUGGAGUUAUCAUAUGUAAGCCAGAAUCUUUAGGUUUUGCCAAUGUUGGCUAUGAGGAAAUGCAGAAUAUAGAUCAUGGUUCCAAAACUCUUAAAGAAAUUCAGACUCUUUUAAUGGAAGCAGAAAACAUGGCACUGAAACGAUGCAAUUUCUCUGCUCCCUUAGUCCCUUUCAGAGAUGUUAACGAUGUUUCAUUUAUACAAUCAAAGAAGGUGGUUUGCUUCAGAGAACCCUCCACAACUGAUGUUUGUACCCAGAGGGAGUCAUUUGUAGAGGAAGUCCCACACAUUGAAUAUGUACAGAAGGACAUUGGCACACAGACGAACUUUAAGUACCAGAGGGGUGUUGGAAAUUGGGAAUUUAUUAGUUCAACUACCUUUAGAAGUCCUCUACAGGAAGCAGAAGGCUCAGCUAGAAUGGCGUUUGAUGAAACUUUCAGGCAAUAUAAAGCUACCAGGUCUGUAAUGAGGUCUGAACCUGAAGGCUGCAGUACAGGCAUUGGGAAUAAAAUGAUUAUUCCUAUGAUGACAAUCAUAAAGAGUGACUCCAGUAGUGAUGUAAGUGAUAGUUGCUGUUCAUGGGACAAUAAUUUACCAGAGUCUUUGGAAUCUGUUUCUGAUGUUUUUCUAAACUUCUUUCCAUGUACUUCACCCAAGACAAGCAUAACAGAUAGCCGAGAAGAGGAGGGGUUGUCAGAGAGUGAGGAUGGCUAUGGUAGUGCAGAUUCAUUGGCUGCACAUGUGAAGUACCUUCUGCAGUGUGAAUCCUCACUGAAUCAAGCCAAACAGAUACUUAAAAAUGCAGAGGAAGAGGAAUAUCGGGUCCGAACCCAAGCCUGGAAUCUAAAGUUUAAUUUAGGACGUGACUAUGGAUGCUCCAUUUCAGAAUUAAAUGAAGAUGACAGGAGGAAAGUAGAAGAGAUAAAGGCAAAGUUGUUUGGUCACAGAAGAACAACUUACAUGUCUGAGGGCUUACAGAGUCCACGAGGAAUAGGAUGUGUGCCUGGUCACAUUAUUAUUGAGAGCCAUGAGAAAGGAUGUUUCAGGACUCUUACUGCUGAACAACCACGACCAGACAGCCGCCAUUGUGUUUUUCGAUCUGUUGAACCUUCAGACUUGAUUAGAGGACAUCGGAGCCCAUCAUCAUGGAGAGGCAGGCACAUCAACCUUUCCAGAUCAAUAGAUCAGAGCAAUCCCCAUUUCAAAGUAGGGAAUUCCUUUCAGUUACAGAGUCAUCCCCCAUUUCAAAAACUUGUACCCGAUGACAUCAAAAAUAGCAAGGGUGUUGGAAUGCCAGUCCAUGCAUACAUGGAUCCCCAGCCAUCAGAAUUAGUAGAACCUACUUGUGUGCCAACUAAAGAAAAGGAUUUUCCUUCCUCAUCUCAAAUACUGCCUCCUGAACCCAAGAAGCAGUUCACUUCCUCCAUCACUUUUUCUUCUCACGAACACUCUAAGUGCAUUUCUGAUUCUUCUGGUUGUAAGGUUGGUGUUACUGCAGGUAGCCAGUGUACUGGACCAUCUUUAGGGGCGUUUAAGCAUCAUUUCCCUGAAGAGCAGAUUUCUCCUAGAGAUCUUAAACAGAAAACUUCUUCCCAUUCAUCACUUACAAGGCAUAUACCAGUGACUAUUUUAGCUGACGGUAGUAGGCAAAGGCAAAAAUUACCUGUUGAUUUUGAGCAUUCUCAUCAAAAAGAAAGAUUAGGUUUUAAAGUCAGCCAUUCUGAACCUAAUGUCAGUACAAAUAUUAGCAAUUUCAAGGGAGCUCAAUUUUCUGGUCAGGAUACCAUUGUUAGCCAGGACAAACUAACGUCCACAGUAGAGGUAAGAGAGAAGAAUGUAACUGUAACCCCUGAUCUUCCUUCUUGCAUUUUUCUUGAACAACAGCUCUUUGAAGAAAGCCAUACCCCACAUACAGAUCUUCAUAUGAGAAAAUACCCUUCUCUCUCUUGUCCAGACAUUGCUUCUUGCAUUUUUCUUGAACAGCCAAAACUCUUUGAGCAAAGCAAAGCUCCACAUGUAGAUCAUGAAAUAAGAGAAGACCACUCUUUCUUUCCUAAGUGCCAGAAUUAUAUAGUUGCAGACCCUUCUCCCGAUUUUCCUGAUCAGCAGCAAUGCAAACCUCCAGAUGUAGAUGGCCACUCGAGAAAACAGCACUGUCCUCUUUCUCAAGUUCAGGAUUGUAAGGUAGAAGAGGUUCAGCAUAUACCUCAAUCAUACUUUUCUAAUAUGGUAAAUGUUGAAGCCAAGGUCAGUGAUGUUGUCUCCCAGUCAGCUCCCGACCACUGCACAGCUGCAUCUACUCCACCUUCAAAUAGAAAAGCACUUUCAUGUGUUCGUAUAACUCUUUGUCCCAAGACUCCUUCCAAGUUGGAUAGUGGAACCUUAGGUGAAAGGUUUCAUUCAUUGGAUCCUGCUUCUAAAACGAGGAUUAAUAGUGAGUUUAACUCUGAUCUUCGAAUUACAUCUUCAAGGUCAUUGGAACCAACCUCCAAAUUACUGACCUGUAAAGCAGUAGCACAGGAUCAAGAAUCUUUAGUUUUUCUAGGACCUAAGUCUCCACUGGAUUUGCAAGUCUCACAGUCUUCUCUUCCACAUAGUAAGACAAUUUUUCAGGACUUGAAACUCAGACUUCCUCAGAAUAGCCAGAUAGUAACCUCAAGGCAAACACAAGUGAACAUUUCAAAUUUGGAAGAAUAUUCCAAACCAGAGGGGACUCCAGUAUCUGCAGAUGGUUUACAAGAACAGAGUAAGGUUCCCUUUAUUACAUCCUCUGGAAAGUUACCAUCAUCUGAUGCCAUCACUCAGAUAACAACAGAAAGUCCAGAAAAGACUACGUUUUCAUCUGAAAUUUUUAUUAAUGCUGAUGAUCGUGAGCAGGACAUUCUAGACACCAUGGCCCAAAAGCCAUCCCAGUUUGCCUCAUCAUCCUCAGUGCAGCAAAUUACAGCUUUUCAUGGCAAUGACGCCCGGCCUGUGCUGUUGCCAUAUAAGCCGUCUGGUAGUUCGAAGAUGUACUAUGUUCCACUGUUAAAAAGAGUUCCUUCGUAUCUGGAUUCCAAGUCAGAUACCACUGUGGAGAGCUCACAUUCAGGCUCCAAUGAUGCUAUUGCCCCAGACUUUCCACCUCACGUGCUAGGCACAAGAGACGAUGACCUCUCCACCACUGUAAACAUUAAGCACAAAGAAGGGAUCUAUAGCAAGAGGGCUGCAACAAAGGGGAAAAACCCCGCCCAGAAAGAGGCCCCAGUUCAAAUGCCUAUAACUCAGGGUGAGAAUGUCUCUGACGAAAACCAAGAAGAGAUCAUCAGAAGAAGAGUUGUGAUCAAGAUGGCAGGACCUGAAGAAAUGUCAUCCCUGGAGAAGGACCUUGCAGGUUCCAGUGAUAUCACUGUACAAGACAGAAAAACUGAAAAUCUGCCAGACACUAAAUCCAUUAAACAGAAGAAAGGAUCCUUGGAGAUAGAAUCUGAAUGUCAUUCAGCAUUUGAAAAUACUACUCACUCUGUCUUCAGAUCAGCCAGGUUUUACUUCCAUCAUCCAGUGCACCUGCCCCAUGAGCAAGAUCUCUGCCAUGAACCCUUGGGAAGGAGUGUUUUUAUGCAACAUUCUUGGAAGGAUUUCUUUCACCAUCAUUCAGGACACAGCUGCCUUCCUCCCCCUGGCCCAAGUUCGGACAAGACCAAGAUAGAUUACACCAGAAUUAAGAGCCUCAGCAUCAAUUUGAAUUUAGGAGACCAUGAGAAGAAGAUACAUAGUGUUAAGAAUCAGGCCAGAGACCAAAAAGGCAAAAGACAAACAAAUGAUGAAAAAAAGGAUCAGCAGGUCACCCCAGAGCUAAUAACUGAAUGCCCUGUGAGUUUGAAUGAACUCUGGAACAGGUACCAGGAGCGACAGAAGCAGCAGAAACCGUCUGGUGCUUGUGAUAAGAAAGAGCUCUCCUUGGUGGAACGACUUGAUCGUUUAGCUAAACUGCUUCAGAAUCCCAUCACACAUUCACUCCGGGCCUCAGAAAGUACACAAGAUGAUAGCAGAGGGGGACAUGGAGCCAGGGGGUGGACUGGGAGGAGGCAACAUCAACAGAAAGGCAAGCAGCAGAGGAAGUGGAGUAAGAGCCUAGAGAGGGGUCAGAGUACAGGUGACUUAAGGAAAAGCAAAGUGCUUUCUCCUCAAAAAGGUGGGAAAUCCAGUCAGCUUAAGAUUGAGCAGGUUAAACUAGAUAAGUACAUCUGGAGAAAACAGCCAGAUUUUAAUAACAUCAGCAGUGCCUCCUUGGAUUCUAGACCCUCAGAGGAAAGUGAGCUCCUCACAGAUAGUCCCAACACUUUCUCCAGCACUGCUUCUCCUGUGGACUCGGAUACAUUGACCCAAACUGAUGGAGACGUGCCUUUAAAUGAAAGGAGUAGCUCCAUAUCCACCAUUGACACAGUCCGGUUGAUCCAAGCUUUUGGCCAUGAUAGACUGUGUUUGUCACCUAGGCGAAUUAAAUUAUACAGUAGUGUCACUAGUCGGAGGAGAUAUCUGGAGAAGCCAUGCAAGCACAACAGGAAGGCAUUGAAAACAGCCUGUCCCCAAAUGACUUCUGAGCACACCAGAAGGAGGCACAUCCAGGUAGCCAACCAUAUGAUUUCUUCUGACUCCAUGUCAUCUGCUGGUAGCUUGUUGAGCUUGGACUCUGUUAUUUCCAGUGAGGAAACUGUGCACAUGGUGAACAAGGGUGUACAAGCUGGUAACUCGGAGAUUGUGACUGGUGUCACAAAAUAUACUAAGGAUGUUGGGGUGACUUUCCCAACUCCCAGUUCUAGUGAGGCCAGAUUGGAAGAUGACAGUGAUGUGACUUCUUUGUCAGAAGAAAAAGCCAAAGAGAAAAAGUUCCUUUCCAAUUAUCUUCAGGCCAAACACCUAAGGAAGAACAAGCCCAAUUCUUGUGAAGAUCGGUUUCUAACUCCAGAAGUCUCAUGGUUUGUUCCUGUGGAAAAUAGAAAGUCUGGAUCUAAGAAGGAAAACCUGCCAAAGAUUUACAGACCUGGUAUCUCCUGGUUUGAACCAUUAACCAAAACCAAACCCUGGAGGGAGCCACUGAGGGAACAAAACCAGCAGGCACAACGCAUGAACAGUCGUGGGUCCCUGGGAGGCCCAGGCAGGGAUGGUGGCCAGGUUUCUCUUCGGCCAUUUGUGAGAGCAACCCUGCAGGAAUCACUUCAGCUUCACAGACCUGAUUUCAUCUCCCGCUCCGGAGAGCGGGUAAAACGUCUGAAGUUAUUAGUCCAGGAGAGGAAGCUCCAGAACCUGUUCCAGAAUGAGCGGGAGGCUCUGUUCAACACUGUGAGGCCCCUGCCUAGGAGAGUCCUCCUGGCUGUCCAGAAGAACAAGCCUAUUGGAAAGAAGGAAAUGAUCCAGAGGACCAGACGGAUUUAUGAGCAGCUUCCAGAAGUGAAGAAGAAGAGAGAAGAGGAGAAGAGAAAAUCAGAAUAUAAAUCCUACCGGUUGCGAGCUCAGCACUAUAAAAUGAAAGUGACCAAUCAUCUCCUGGGGAGAAAAGUGCCUUGGGACUGACAUACGACUACUUUCUUUAGAGCCUAGGAAUACUUUUUUUAUGAGCCCAAAGAAGCUAAUUUAUACUUUAUGGGUGUGAUUUAAUAAAGUGUUUUCUUUGUCUA